AUCUCGUGCAAAAAGUAAACACCAAUCACGUACGACGCUGUGCUCCGCGGCCGCGAGUCUCUCAGUGAUCACUUUCCGAACGCAGUCACUCUUGAUAGGUUAAGUGACGGCACGUAGGCUCGUGAGCACUUGUUAAGAACUCGCGGCAGUAUUGAAACAUCCGUGUAACGUGUCGCGGAGUAAAGGUCGCUCGUCGGGCGCGCAUCGGUCGGCCUUCCAUUGGCAAAUUCGCGAAGAGCGGCAAUCUCGUUGUUCGGUGGGCUCGGCAAACACCCCCUCGCCCCUCGCCGCGUUAGCCGGCCGGAACCAUCUUGCGCGACAUCCGAUUUUCCCGCGUGCUGGCGAAGCGCUCCCGCGGAGGAGAACCGUCCGUCCCGCGGAGAUAGCAGCGAAUGCAAAUGGCUGUCACGGCCGUGCGUGAGUGCCCGCCAGCCGUUCCCGCGUGUCCCACGCGCGAGUGUGCCGAGAAAUCGACGCGCGCGAUCGAUAUGUGAUGACCGGCGUCGGUCGUGUCGGACAUCAAGCUGGUGGUGCUUGCGCGUGGCAACGUGAACAAACGCGUCGCGUUCAGCGUUAACGUAUUUUUAUAACGUGCGCGUGCACGCGGGAAGUCCGCUCGUGACGGGUGUGCAAGCGGGAGAGAGCGAGAAGGAGAUACACACGCGCGCGUGCACGUGUGUGUGCGACCCUCCGCGGCGGCAGCUGCGGCGACGGCGGCAGCGGCAGCGGCGAACGACUCCCGUCCGGUAGCUGCGUCGUGAACUCGGGGCGAUAUCGCGCGCGCCAAGAUCCGAGAGGGCUCCACGCCAGAUGGUCAUCGCGCUCGUCUCGCCAGCGAACCGCCCGUGGAGCGUUAUACGAGCAGGUGCAUCUGCUUAACAAGAAGAGGAAAUUUUGAUCGGUGAUAAAGAUGCCAGCAGUUAGCGUCUGUGAUCCUAUCGCAGCCAGGCUUCACUGUGCUUUGAACAGCAGUCCAUCUAAAACCACGGACGAUCUAUCGAUUGAGCUAGUGAGCAAUGCCUCGCGAAUCAUGCAAACGGAAAUCCGUUACGAAGAAUUGAAGGAUUUCCAGACGACGAAUCAGGUGCAGGCUAAUUGCAACAUUUUUCUUAAUAUAUCUUCUUCAGAGAAUUUAGAGGAGGGUAAGGUGAAGGAUGGUGGGAAUUAUAAAAAGAAGAACGAUACGAAUAAAGGGCUGGUUCUGCCAGAACCAGCAAUCACCUUGUAUUCCCCCAAGAAGGUUCAUCUCGGGUGGAAAGGUACAUUUCCAGUUGGAGCUGGCAUGUACAACGUCGGAAAUACUUGUUACCUGAACAGUACGCUUCAGGCGUUGUUUCAUGUUCCGGCUCUUGUCAAUUGGAUGCUGUCCGAUCCACAUCACAAUUCCAAAUGUGAACAAAAUAAUGGCGGUGGAGAAUGCCUUACGUGUGCGGUGGCCAAGACUUUACAGUUUAGUCAUCAGAAAUCCGGUGGUGCGAUCAAGCCAUUUUACAUAUAUAAUAAAUUAAAGCUCAUUUGCCGAACUAUGGUGCCUGGACAACAAGAAGAUGCUCACGAAUUUUUACGCUAUUUAUUGGAGGGAAUGGAACGCGCGUACUUGACUAGGCAUAAAGCGACUAAGUUGGAUAGCUACUCUAAGGAAACGACACCUAUUAAUCAAAUAUUUGGUGGCUAUAUACGUACUGAAGUAAAGUGCCUGCAAUGUCAACAUGUAUCUACCACGUUUCAACACUUUCAGGACUUGCUUUUGGAUAUACGCAAGGCGAAUACUCUGGAUGAGGCGUUAAAUAGUUACUUCAGUAGGGAACAGUUGGAUAAUAAUGAUUACAAAUGCGAAGCCUGCAAGAGGAGAGUUCCUGCCACCAAACAGUUCACCCUGGAACGUCCGCCAAAAGUGUUGUGUAUACAGUUGAAACGGUUUAGCUUUUUAGGAGGAAAAAUAUCUAGACACAUCGGUUUUAAACAGACUGUAGAUAUGGGUCAGUACUUGUGGAGAGAACCGGGCGAAUCUCCCAAGCAGCUCACUUAUAAACUCAUGUCGAUGGUGACGCACAUGGGUCCCUCUGUGAAUUGCGGCCACUAUACGGCGGUUGCGCAAGUGUCGAGCGGUCAAUAUUAUUCCUUCGAUGAUUCUUGCGUGCGUCCGAUAAGCCUUAAUAAUGUGUUAAGUACAAACGCGUACAUCAUGAUAUUUGAAAUGGAAAACUAUAGCCAGAAUCAACAGAUCACGAAAGUGAACGGCACGACAUCCGCGAAGAUUGUAUCGACUUCGCUAUCCAAUUCUACAAAUAAGUCCAUCGUCGCAUCCAAAGCCUCGACGUCCGCUGGAUGUUCUGUGAACGGAUCGUCCAGUGGAUUGUCAAAUGACUUUAAUUCGAGUAAACCGACGUUAAUUGGCCCACAGUUACCGCCGCAAAGAAGUAUAGAAUUAAAUCUUCCUGUACAAAAAUCCAAUGACAUUGUUAGCACGCACUCGUCACAGAAAAUGCAAGAUAAGUCACAGCCGAGAUUAGUCGUGCAUAUUAAAAAUGGGAAGGUCUUGAAUGGAAAUAGUCUAGUACCCUAUGAUGGAUCCAGUGAAGAAGAGGAUAACUGUACCUCUGGGACAGUGACCUCGAAAAAUCAAAUGUCGAAUACCACGCCGCGAAUCAACAUCACCAACGGUGUAUCGAAAAGUCUUGUUGCGAAGGACGUUAUAAAAACGACUUUCAAUUCCAAGGAGACGCAGAAAGCUAAUUCUAAGAGCAACUCUAACGGUGUAUCGACAAUGACGAUGCAAGUUGUAGACUGUACAAAAACGCAAAAUGGCUCCAAUAGUAAUGGCCGGAUAAGUGUAUUGAAGCAUCAGAACGGAAAGACGGAAAUGAAUGGACAAUCGGAGCAACGCGAUAAAGAUACAUGGCGUCAGACUGUCCGAAUUAAGAAUGGACAAGACGAGACUGUACCUACGAAGGCUGCAACUAACAAUGCCAAAGGUUGGCAAGCUAGGGAUGCAGCUUCUCCCAAUGUCAGCGGGUCAUGCAACGGAUGGUCAAAUAAUGACAAUAGGGAGGACUCUAAGCCAAGUCAAAGUAGCAUGACACCGAGUGCCGCAGCUGUGCGAGAUUUUAAUGGUACCAACCGCUCGGAUUGCACUGUUUCAUAUUUAUUGAAAAUGUCGCAUCGCGGAUACGGCAGUUCCUCAGUAACGAAUUGGAAUGGCAAUAGAACGCAGCUUGACCGCGACGUUGAUAACGAUAGACGAGAUGAACGUAAACGUCAUUUUAACGCGGAUGACGAGGAGAUGGACAAAGGUCGGUCGAAGAAGAUGAAGGAUCACAAUCGUCGUUCAUAUGAGGAGAGAUCUACUAAUUCAUUCCAAGAAUACCAAAAUAAGACAAACUGGAAUCGAUCAGUUAAUGGUUAUCAUCGGAGACAUUAUUAUAAUACUUCCUAUGCGCGACCGCGGCAUGGGAACAAUUAUAGACCGCCACAUUAUAGAUAUCACUCAUAUAGAUAUCUAUAGAUAUUGCUAACGCGCUCACUUUCACUGGCAUUGGCAGCGUGAGCGAUGGGCAAAGAUGAACAGAUUUUAGGAACUAUAUCGACAAUUCAGAGAGCAGACUCGUUUUACUAGGCUAUAUAAUUAUACGUUAAUUGAUUCUCAUUUGUAGAAUAAUUUAUCAUUUCUCACAAUAUGAAAGUGAAUUUGGAAAUAAACUGUCGGAUUUCGACAGUUGAUAUGUUCAUUCAAGUCUCAUGAUUAUUCAUUCAUUGUUCAAAAAACAUUUAUAAAGCAUGUUCCUG